ACCCCUAACAAUGAACUUACUAUUUUCUUUUGCAUUCUUUGAUUUUGAAGUGUUAUAGUAUUUGGUUACGAAAACAAAAUUAAAAAUGAAUAAUUAAGGAGUACAUUGAAAAAUAAGUAGAGGAGCUAUUUUUUUUAAGAGUUCGGGUCUACCGCGCAAUCGCAAUGGAAAACCUAAAUUUGUACAAAGUACUUGGCGUGACCAAAGAUGCGACCCCGGACGAAAUCAAGAAGGUGCGAGGUCUUAUUACCCAUUUCAAUUUUAAUACAACGCGCUUAACUUAGAACUAUCGCAAAUUGGCCAAAGAAUUUCAUCCGGACAAGAACCCCGACUCGGGCGACAAGUUUAAGGAAAUAUCGUUUGCAUAUGAAGUACUUUCCGAUCCGGAGAAGCGUCGCAUCUACGAUCGCCAUGGAAUAAAGGGACUGCAGGAGGGCGCGGAAGGAUUUACCGAUACCUCGGAAUUUUUUGCGCAAUGGUUCCCAUUUGGCGGCACGUCCAACGAACGUGGCAGACGCGACGGCAGAAUAAUGAUAAGAAUGGAACUGACGCUAGAGGAAAUGUACGUGGGUGGCAAACAAAAAUCAGUGAGUUACAAGCGGCAGAAGCUAUGUGACAAGUGCAAUGGUGAUGGCGGUCCACCGAAUGCGCGCGAACCCUGUGAGGCCUGCGGCGGUGUUGGCCGUGCCGCAGCAUUUACAUUUAUGGGACUUGGCGCGUUCGAUGCGGUUUGCCCCAGCUGCGAUGGUCGAGGAUUCAACAUUAAGGAGACGAUGCGCUGCAAGUCUUGCACCGGUACCGGCUUUGUUGAGCAACAAAUGAAGCGCACAGUGGAUAUUGAGCCCGGCAUGCCGCACAUGUUGAAGAUGCCCUUUGCCAAUGAGGGCCAUCAAUUGCGCAGCGGUGAAUUUGGAGAUCUGUAUGUGAUCAUGGUACAGGCCGAGCAUGCGCUCUUUCAGCGUCGUCACUCAAAUCUCUACAUGCACGAUUUAGAGAUUAAUUUGACAGAGGCCCUGUGUGGCUAUUCGCACUGCUUUAAGCAUCUGGAUGGACGAAACGUUUGCAUACGCACGCAGCCGGGCGAGGUGCUGCGACACAAUCACAUUAAAAUGUUGCGCGGAUCUGGCAUGCCUGUAUUUAACAAGCCAGAAGAUCAUGGGGAUCUUUAUUUACAAUUUAAGGUCAACUUUCCGGCCAACGAUUUCGCCACGCCAGCUCAGCUGGCUACGUUGGAGGAUCUGCUGCCGCCGCGUGAACGCAUUGUUGUACCGCCCGAAGCGGAAGUCGUACAGAUGACUGACUAUAAGUCGCAGGGACGUCGCGCCGACACCGAAGAUGAUGAUGAAUUCAAUGGCCAAUCGCCACACUUCGAGAGCGUCCAAUGCCAGACGGCUUAGUUAUGGGCAUGGGCGUAUCCGUGGCUGUUACAGGCUCGUUAUCUCGCCAUCGAUCUUUGGAACCUUCUGUCAACGCUUGGCGUUGACGAGUUGUGCUUCUUAGUGCCGCUAGUCGUAUUACUAUGCAUAGUAUUAUUUUUCAUACAGGAAUGUUUGCUGUGAUCAGCGCGUGAUCAAACUAUUGGCUCAUUUUUAGGCUAGUGAAUCUCAAAUCAAACAGUUAAUUUAGCUUAGCUAAAUCAAAAUAUAAAUGUCCUUACUGUUAUUAUUAUCAUUAACCCCUCCAAAUUCUAUGUUUAAAUAUUAACUUUAUCCUAAACUAACAUAUAAAUUAAAUACUCGAUCAGCAAUAAUAUACUUAUUGCGUAAUUAAUAACCAUAACAAACUAAUACAUAUUUUCAACACUUAAUGUUGAAUUAAAGCCUUAACGCUUUGCUAGUCUUCUACAGAUGCUAUGCUUAAUAUUCCAGUCAAGGAAUUCUUUAGAUUUUAAUCUGUUGUGGUAGCGCCUUGUAAUACCGUUGUAAAGGGUAGUAUUAGGUGCUCUACUAAUCAUGUAAACAUUCAAGAAUGCAUAUUAUAUUCUUUUGUCGUUCAUAGCUAUGCCCGUCAUGUAUGUUUAUGUAUGUCUAUAUUAAAAGUAGUCUGAUAGAUCGGACCACUAUAUUAUAUAUAUCCAUGCUAUUUCUGUUUAAAAACUGAAAAGAUAAUUUGACUCAACUCAACAAUUAUCAAUGUUAUUAUGUUUCUAACUUUUUCUCUAAUCGAAACAAAGAUGUCAUGACCAACCUUAACAUAAGUGAUGUUACACAAAUUCUACAAAAUUAUAUCAACAUAGGACAACCAUAUAAAAUUUUAUAUAUUUAAAUAAA